GAAGACGCCGCUCGGCGUUCGAUUAAUAACGCUCCCUCAAAGAAGACAGGCGAGACAUUCCACCGUCCAGCAAUCGAUAGGGGGAGCCGGCAGUCCGGUUCCGAUCGUACCAUGAAGUGGCUUGGCAGGAGGGGUAAGGGAGUAAGAGGGGCGUAGGGCGCCGCACCAGGCUCGGACGACAGGAAAAUGGCGGCCUUAGGGUCACCGCUACGCACUUGGCGAGGCCUUCUACGGGAAUUACGCUACUUGAACGCGGCCACAGGCCGACCCUAUCGCGACACCGCGGCCUAUCGGUACCUCGUGAAGGCUUUCCGUGCACAUCGGGUCACCAGUGAGAAGUUAUGCAGAGCCCAGCAUGAGCUUCAUUUCCAAGCCGCCGCCUAUCUCUGCCUUCUACGCAGCAUCCGAGAACAUGUGGCCCUUCAUCAGGAAUUUCAUGGCAAGGGUGAGCGCUCAGUGGAGGAGUCGGCUGGCUUAGUGGGUCUCCAGUUGCCCCAACAGCCAGGAGGGAAGGGCUGGGAGCCAUGAAAAUGGAGCGAUUCCUUGGAUGCUGCCUUCAUACAAGAAUUUAAUAAUUUCUAUCAAUAUGUAUUUAUCAUUAAAAUUUUUUUAAAAGUUUA